AUGUCUGCAUUGCCUCACGGCCUGCUGCUGGCGGUGGUGGUGGCGGCCCCGCUGUUUCUGGGCAACGGCGACGAGGCGCUGGCGGAGGCCGUGGCGGAGCUACUGAGCCCCGUGGGUCUGCUCCUCCUCCCCGUCUUCGGCAGGUUCCCCGACGCCGUCCACCGCGUGGGAGGCUCCCCCGUCGGCGUCGCUUUCAUGCUCCUCCUCAUCCUCGCCUUGCUCUACUACCACUCCUCGCUUUUUCCUGGCGGCGGCGGCGGCAACAACCUGGAUGGGCUCAUCGGGCCUCUGGAUGGGCUCGACAGGCCUGUCCAGCGGGCACAGGCGCCCGCCACGGUGAGGCCACGAUUAACCGUGACCUUUCAUUCGUGGUGGACGCCAAUGCCCGCUGCGUUACACUGUUCAUGA